AUGUUGACGGCAACGACAACAGCCGCGCUCAACGCCACGAUCUGCGAGUCGCUCGCCUUUGCGAAUGCACCUGUCGUCUUCAUGGGCCGCACGCCCAUGGGCCUCAAGAGCCUCGUGCAAGGUGACGUUGUCUGCUUCCAAGUGACGCUCAACGACGUAUCGGCCAAGUGGGUCUCGAUGGCGAUCUCACCAACCGCCAAGAUGGUCAACGACCCCGUCAACAACGUGGUCAUCUACGAC